ACCACGAGGACAAGGGGUAGUUGCAAACAGUCACCUCUCCUUUCGUCCCAAUAAUAUAUAAAUGCAUCUGAUAUUGUUAUCCCCAAGGCAGACCUUCUCAUACUUUCAUUUCUCUCAUCAGCACCCUAAAGAGAUUUUCCAUUAUGGGCUCUGAAGUGGUAAUAGUCGACGAAGUUCCCUUCCAUCCACAAAUCACAACUACCAAACCCUUGAAUUUGCUUGGUCACGGUAUCACUGAUAUUGAGAUUCAUUUUCUUCAAAUAAAGUUUACUGCAAUUGGGGUCUAUUUAGAACCACAGGUUGUUGAGCAUUUACAGCAAUGGAAGGGAAAAACGGGUAGUGAACUCGCUGAAGAUGAUCUCUUCUUCGAGGCUCUUGUCGCAGCUCCCGUGGAGAAAUUUAUCAGAGUUGUGGUGAUAAAGGAGAUAAAAGGUUCUCAGUAUGGCGUACAGCUAGAAAGCGCUGUGAGAGACCGGUUGGCGGCAGUCGAUAAAUACGAAGAAGAGGAAGAGGAAGCGCUAGAGAAAAUUGUGGAAUUCUUUCAGGCCAAGUACUUCAAGAAAAACUCCAUCAUCACCUUUCAUUUCCCGGCCACGUCCCAAACUGCUGAGAUUGGAUUUCUGACUGAAGGAAAAGAGGAAGUGAAACUCAAAGUAGAGAAUGGAAAUGUCGUGGAGAUGAUCCAAAAAUGGUACCUGGGUGGGACCCGGGCAGUGUCCCCGACAACAGUGGCAUCCCUGGCCAAUGCUCUGUGUGCUUUAUUAUCUGAAUAAGAUGUGAUUUCCCCAUGGGUUGCUCUAGUUUGGAUUAAGCUAGGGAUCUUUGUAAUCCCAGGAAGCCUUUUUCUUUUUCUAGAGCAUAAAGUGUGAAGAGCUUUUCUAGUGUGGUUUUGAAACUUCUCUUAAGAUGGUUAUGUGCUUAAGACAUCAAAUGAAAAUUGAAGAGCCUUGGAUGCUCAGGGGUCUUCUCUCCUCUUUUUAUUUUA